UGUGCUGUGUGAAGGAAUGUGUACAUCCUUUUGUUGAUGCGUCUCUAAGGUUACUGGGAGCAGAGCAGCACAAUGGCCGCCUGUUAGAGUUUAUAAAGCGAAAUCUGACAGUAAACGGGAGCUCACGCAUUUAAACAGAAGUCGAGGCGUUUAUUCUCAAAGUGUGUAAUGCCGUGAGAACAUGGAGACUAACGUGAAAUCAAGCCCUCACUCGGUGAAGCAGUGGCAGCUCAGCGGCACCGACUACGACCCGCAGCAAGUCCGGAGCCUGCGGUCCGGAACCCGCUUCAGCACCUGGACUCCUCUGAACAACAAGACGAGCAACCUGCAGUUAUUUGAGGAGAGGAUGAACCUUGUUCUCCACUGGUUUGACCUGUGGACUGACAGACAGAGGAAACACCUGUUGCACUCUCUGCUCACAAACUGCAACAAAUCACAGCUUAAGUAUUGCAGGGAUUUGCUAAUCGAGACGCUUCCUGUGACUCAAGUGGACUUCACGGCAGUGCUGCCACGGUUUCUGUCCCUGUAUGUGAUGUCAUUUUUGUCCCCUCGUGACCUCUGCUCUGCUGCCCAAGUCAGCUGGCACUGGAGGGUCCUUGCUGACCAGGACUGUCUCUGGGCCGACCGGUGCAUCACAAGAGGCUGGUUCCUUCCCUACACUCCAGGAGAGAAAGAAUUUGGAGCGUGGAAGAACCACUAUGUCUCCUGUGUCUCCACGCUGGACUGGCUCACUCCACGGGAGGCGGCCGAGCAGUACGGGACCCUCAACCAACAAAGCACAGGGAUGACGGAGGAGGAGGAAGAGAGGUGGAAGGAGAAGAGGAUCAGGCAGAUGAUCAGAGACAAACUACAGGAGGAGAAAAGACAAUCUAUGAGAACCAGGAGACCCUGGGGCAGCUACACAAAGCCAGAAGGAGCCAGAGGUGGAAGUACCGAGACAGGGAGGCCCAGCUCUGGAAGAACAUUCAGCUCUUGGCCCUCUCUCUCCUGGCCUCCAAGGACUGUUGGGUCUCCCAGCCUCUGGUCUAGCCUGGACAGGGGACAGCCCAUGACUGCAGCUCAGAGCAUGGAGAGAGUCCAAGCCUCCAGUCGUAGCAGUGAAAGACUGAGCAAAGCCAGUGCAGCGCUGUCCUCCUUCACCAGCAGACCUGCACUGCCCCACACAGUUUCACCCAUCCAUCUGACCACUCCUGCCCUCUUACUGCUGAUCUCCAACAGAAUCCCUGCCUACGAGCUUGUGCUGAGUGGUGUGAAAGCAGGAGUGGUUGUGGUUCUGUACGACCACAGAGGGACACUCUCAGCUCUGUUAACCCAGGUGGAGAGGGCUAUUUCUGGGCAGAGAGCUCAGAGACUGGGCCUACUAGCUCCAGGAGGAACGGAGGAAAUCCAUCUGCUUCACAGUAGUAGCCUGUCAGAGAGGACUCUACUGACCUCUAAACAUAGAGAAUUCUGGGAAAAGCUGGGUGGCUGGGUGGCACCAACUGAGGAAGGAGGAGGGAUUGACAUCUUCACCCCAUUGGCUGCAUCUGCAUCAGGAGUGAGUCUCAUCCAGACUCUCUCUACUCUGACUGGUCUGGAGGUUAGGGCGCCAAUGGGUCUUGCCACCGGAAGUUUCCAGAACAUUCUGAGUGAGUGGUCUGAUGGCAGUAUGGGCACCGGACUCUUGAACCAGCAACCAGCAGCCCCGGCACUGCAGUUUGUGUGUGAGAGUGUACUACAGGGCUGGUGUAGACAGGCUCAGUGGAUGGACGAGGCUCUGGAGGAGCUGAGGGGCUGCCUGGGGACACAGCUACAGCGACUCAGCCUCCAGGCCAGGGGCCGAGCUUUGGGUCACUUUCUGUGCGAGAAAAUCUGCCUUGAGGAGCUUUGUGUGUCCGAAGAUCUGAAUGCGGCUCUGACUGAGGGACUUACUGCUCUCACAAGACAGGGAGAGGUGGAGAGAACUACCAGACCUCUGGAGUUUCUUGCCAUUUUCCUGACAAAAUGGACGAAGGAGGGAGAAGAGUGUAGUGGAGGGGAAAAGUGGAUAAACGAAGGAGCAGAUGAUUUCUCCUCAACACCACAUAGCUCACAGAAAUGCGUCGGCCUGAUACCUGAGCUACCACAGACAGCGUUGGAUUGGAGAGGUGCAGCUGCCAGAGAGCUCCACCACAGCGAGUGUCUUUAUCUGGGGAGACUGGGCGCUGUGCUGAAGGUGUACCAAGAGCCUCUUACAGCAGCUCUUAACUCCAACAGAGCUAUCCUCAGCUACGCUGACAUCCAAAUUGUCCUCAGCCCUGUCACACAAAUACUGGAGCUCAACAGGGUGUUUCAGAUAGAUUUAGAAGCCAGGCUGCAGCAGUGGGGUGCAGAGCAGUGUGUUGGAGAUGUGUUUGUAAAACUGUGCUCAAAACUCCGAGUCUACACCAACUACCUCAACAACUACACCACUGCCCUCCGUACCAUCGACAAGUGCAGAGAGACGAAGCCUCCAUUUAGGGCUUUCCUGAAGAGAGCAGACAGAACUCUUGCAACUCACAUGCUGAGCCUGCAGGAGCUGCUGCUGUGUCCAGUGUGGAGAAUACAGGAGUAUGUGACUCUGCUUCAAGCUCUGUCUUUCCACACACACACCGGUCACCCGGACCACACACACCUGUCCUCUGCCCUCAACACACUGCUGAGAUUCAGAGAAUUCAUACAGAAGUUAAAGCGAAACUCAGAGAGAGACAGGCUGAUAGAGGAAACGCAGCAGAUGAUCCAAGGCUGUCCGAACCUCCAUGAAGGGAACAGGCAGCUGAUAAUAACUCAGGAUGCUGCUUUGCUCAGGAGCCCUGAUGGACAGAUUCCAGACUCGCUCAGGACCUAUGAGCAGGUGUCUGACGUGGGUCUGUUCCUGUUUAACGACGCUUUGGUGCUGACGCGGCGAAAUGUACAUCACACGCCGUUCACGUUGGCUCACCAGAGCACACACACUUUCCUGGCCUCUGUGGCUCUCGCCAGCCUCGCUGUCAGAGAGAUCACACAUACACACUAUGUGUGCCAUGCCUUUGUCCUGGAGGGUCCUUGUCGUUCCUGGGUUUGUGCCACUGAAAGAGGCGAGGACAAAGAGCACUUCCUGUCUGUGCUGCGUUCAGCCAUAAACUCUGCUCUGACAGGACAUCAUUGACGGCACCUUGACGACACAGCGGCAAGACAAGAGGAGGUUUGGACACCACUGUUGGCCUUUGAAAAAGUUUCUUAAAAAUCCAGGAAAUCUUAAAAUGCAAUUAUUUUUCCAAGCCACGAUAAG